AUGAAUAUUUUGCAUAAAUUUAAACAAAAUGGGUAUUUUACAGCCGAGUUGUACCAUUUAUUGUCAAAAAAGAAUCAAGAGGAUUCCAGAGAUGAGAUCAUACCAUCAGAUUAUGAAAGGGAAAUGAAAAUGAGCACAAUGGAGAGGAUACGUAGCUUAAGCAGUAUAGUUGUAGACAAUAUUGUGCACAGUGGCAAAGACAGUCGUAUCGUGUUGUCCUUCACACCAAGAAUUAUAGUGUUCCAGAAUUUCAAACCAAAUGAUAAGAUUGUUGCUAAAUUUUCUGUUAAAAACAUUAGUAAGGCUCCGACAUACUUAAACAUGGUGUACAAGGAAUCAGUUUAUUUCUCUAUCAAACUAAUGGGAGGCCAGAUGCCUUCACGAUUGGCCCCAGGGAUUAGCGUAUCUUUCGCGGUAACCUUCCAACCUGUACACUAUGAGGACUAUACGCACAAAGUUACGUUUUAUACGGAUAUUGAUCAGUAUGUUUUGCCACUGAUUGCAAUGGGACCAAGACCUGUAUUUGAUUUUCCUGACCAAAUCGUUGUACCGAAAAUACCGUUGAAGGUGGAAAAUUAUUUAUAUUAUGCGAUACACAAUGUUGGAAUGGUGCCUGCAGGUUUUACCCUAAAUGUUAAAUGUCCAUUUUCAGUGCAGCCUAAGUCUGCCUAUUUAAAUCCUAAAGAAAAAAUUGAUAUCAGAGUUGGAUUUAAAACUAUGCACCUUGGUGAAACUCAGGGAACAAUGUUUGCUACUUUUGAAACAGGAGAAAACUUCCGCAUAAAGCUGACAGGGUCCACGUAUACAGUGAGUGUAGAGUUAGAGAAGCAAGUUGUGAGAUUCCUCGACACCUAUAACACCAUGGUGCGGCAGCAGACCUUCAAGAUUACCAACAAAUCCAACCAUGUGCUCACUUAUAUGUGCAUGAAAAAUGAAUGCGUUUAUUACGAUUUUGAAGACAAAGUGAACUUGGCAACCGUAUUUUACGAUCUGAAACAGUAUGAAUCGGCCAAGUCGAACAAAUUAGUCUAUUAUGACGUGCUGAGUAGUGAGGAACAUCUGCGAGUUUACACACGGAUUUUUUAUGAUGAGAUGCAAGCUCUGGUUGCAGAUGAGAGCCUAGUAUUUCAGAAUACACAUAUAUCUAUAACACCUAUCAAAGGAAAACUUUGGCCAAAUAAGGAGACAGAGUUGACUAUAACAUUCGCCCCUAAAGAAAUAGGAGAGUUUGAUGCAACUGUGUAUCUAGAUAUAGACGGGGUGGAUAGUCGUAUGCCUUUGAAAAUUGGUGGUACCUCGUUACCACCUUCAAUAAAUCUUAACUUAGAGACCCUCGACAUGGAUAAUGUUUACAUAAAUAAUAAUUAUAAUUACGAAAUCGUAGCUACUAAUAAAGGUCACAUAAAUGGCAUUAUUGAGUACAGAGAGUCUGCCCCAUUGUUCGGAAGCAUAAUCUCGUGUUCUCCGGGAGCAUACUGUAUGCGACCUGGUGAAAAGCAGACAUUUAUUGUUUCCUUCUGCAACUCUAAUCAAGGACCGUUUUUUGAAGAAAUAAAUUUCAUAAUACGAGAUACAAGUGUGGUGCUCAAGCUGUAUUUAAAGGGCAUUGUUAUUUAUCCAUCAUUGAUGUUCAAUAUACCUUGUCUGGAUUUUGGAAUGGUCAGUGUUGGAGUACCCAAAACAAUGGAGUUAGAAGUUAUAAACGAAUCAUUAGUUGACGUGUACGCAAACAUAAAAAUAUCCUCGGAUGGCCCAGAAAUGCUUAGUAUCACUCUAAAAGAUUACGCUGUUGCCGAAAAUCCGAAGCCGCCAAUACCUCAGUGGCCUAGAGAGUUUAACAUCGAACCUUACAAAGUUAAAAUAGGCGGCAAAUCGACAGUUUAUUUGCGUGUGACGCUAACAGCUAACUUGGCACGGGCAAAUCAAACCUACCUAGAAAUGGAAAUCGAUAAAUCAGACAGUCCCCCAAUAGUUCUGCCAGUGACAUUCAAUGCAAUGGUGCCACAGAUCACACCGGCGCCAGAUAUACGGAUGCGAGCAUGUUUCACAGACUUUAGAUACAAACAAGAGGUUAACAUAGUCUGUAAAGAUUUUUGGGGAUAUUUUACGAUAGAGGAACCCGAGGAAGAGUCGACAUUGGAGGUCGAAGUAGGCGUUAAGGAAGGAUUAAUAGAACCAAACAGUACAAUAACAUUACCUAUAACAAUUAGGACAAAUGUACUUGGUAUACAGGAAUAUACGAUCAGGUUGAAUCUAUUCGGAAUGUCCAAGCCUGUAGAGGUAUGUCAUAUAAUAGGCUGUGGCAUGCGGCCCAUCGUUACAUGUAACCCCAUAGCACUGCAUUGGGGACAAGUGAAGCUCCUCACCAAGACGCAGAAAAUUUUAACAUUGUGUAACGAUUCACCCGUUACCGUUAAUUUUAGAGUAAAUUUGCUUAAUCGCGAUGGAAGAUGGCAAAUCAAUCCAACAGAAGGGUACAUUGGACCAGAAUCGGAAACUGAACUUAUUGUCAGUCUGUAUCUUAUUGAUGCUAACAGCUACACAAAUAAAGCUGUUAUUCAGUUGGAGAAUGUUAAAGACAUCUUAGUUCCUCUGUCAUCAACUGGUGUAGGGACCAGCAUUUCGAUCAGUGAACAUAGAGACAAAAUACUGCUUGGUCGCCAUUUCACCAAAAUACCUUUGAAUUGUAAGGUUACUAUGGAAAACUGCGGUACACGUUUGCAUGCUUUAGAAUGGAGUCAACAUUACAAGGCGCCUAAAACAAAGCAACAUACAACUGCAUUUUUCAACAUAGAACCGAGUUCCUUUAAACUAUCAGCAGGAGAAAAGAUAGAGCUCACUGUAACUGGUUUAUCCUCUAAAGUAGCUACUAGCAAGGAAAUGUGGUAUUUAAUAGGCAGUGUGGAGGGCAUCAAUAAAAAAGAAUUGCUGUUGGAAUGCCAAGUAGUUGCUGAAUUUGUAGAUCCAAAAAUCGAGGUAUCCUCCGCUAUCAUAAAUUUUCAAUAUGAUUAUGGUCCCUAUAGUGAAUAUUAUAAAUUGACAGAUCUAGUUACUAUAAAGAAUGUCUCUAAAUUGCCAUUGGAUUUCGAAAUAAGUGUCAAACCUCCGUUUGCACUAAUUCAUAAACAAGAGUCGUAUAAAGUUCCUAACGGCGACGAAUGGUUAUGUGGAUGUAUUUGCUAUAAUGAGGCAGAUUUAAAUGUCCCCAGUAUUGUUAACGAAAAUGGACCAGAACGCUCGAAAAUAUUUAUCGAUUACUUAACUUUAAAACCUAUUGAUCCUGUAAGAAAGGGCCCUUUACACUUUUUUGAUGAUAUAAAUAAAAUUAAAUGGGCAUUUAAUCUCACACACACUAUAGAAGAACGAUUAGAAGAUCAAGAAGUAAUGAAAAUACAGAUACUAUUCGAUAUCACUAAGCAUACAACGCUUAAGGCAAAAGUUUAUUGUGAUUUGAUGCGAAUACGAUUUAAAGGGCAUAAAAAUAAAGAUGCAAUAAAACUUAUAGGAACAAUUAACUUUCCGAACAUUUUCGUCCUAACACCAAAAGUAGAUUUUCAAAAUAUUUUAAAUGGAAGUAUUCACAGUAAAACUUUUAAAAUGCAAAACAUAACACCUCUUCUUGUAUGCUAUAGAUUUAACUGGAGAAAGUAUACCAUAACAAAAUUGCAGGUGAAUAUUGCAGGAGAGGGUCUUCACGAAAUCUUACCGUGCCGAACGCCAGCAGGUUCAGUUAUUGGUGUACCAACUGCCAUCGAUCAAAACUCUCUACAACAACAACAAACAAAAGACGAUAAUUUAGAUUCAGUCAUUAAUGAUUCAAUUAUUCAAUACAAGUACAAUGUGGAAUACAGAUAUUGCAGAGUAAUGUCGAAAGUGCUACCAAUGGUAGAGACAGAAACAGAUACCGAAUUUGAAUGGGCACAUAAAUUGGUAAAACAAAAUAAACGGUAUGAUUUUGGUAUAAAUGACAUAUUAGAGGUUGUUCCCCAUUCUGGGCUAUUAAAACCAAAUGAAGUUCAAUAUGUAAAUAUUGUUUUUAGACCGAAGUUUAACAUAAAUGUCCGAGUUACAUUAGAGUGUGAAGUAUUAGGGGGCCCUACGGAAGUUAUUGUGGUAACAGGGCAAAGUUCUGAUUUGUUGUACAAACUUAACACUAAAAAGAUUAAUUUCAAAAUACGUUCUUUUCAUGAAAACGCCACAGAAGUUUUAAUUGUGUCAAAUGCUUCUCAACUACCUUUUGAAUUUAAUACAUAUUUAAAUGAGCCUACGUUUGAAAAUAAUCUUUAUGGAACAAUCCUUAGUUUAACGCCUACUAACAAAGUUCUAGAACCAGAGGAACAAAUAUAUCUUCAAAUUGAAGUGCGACCAGGGGUUCUGGGUUACUUUCAUACGUCAUUUCUUUUGGAACUAGGUCAUGUUCCCUUUGUGCCCAUAGAAAUUGUGGGGUGGGGAGUCAUACCUCAAGUUUACAUUUGUUUACCGAGACCUGAUAUGUUACAGCUGGAUCCUAAAUUAGGAUAUAAAGCGAUACCAAUGCUAACCCAAGAAUAUUUAGAAGCAAUUAAUGAAAUGUUUACUAGACCAGUGUCAGAGCAUUUAAAUACGCCUGUAACAGAAAGAUGCUUCGAAGAUAGAUUCUUUCAGCAAGAGUGGCACAUUUGUUCGGCUUGGGAUGCAUAUCCCUCCAUCAUGGACAUUGAAAUGGCAAUAGAAAGGAUGUUAGUUAUAGAACAUAUCACUUUACGUCCAGAUAUUUUAAACUGCUAUCAGACUGCUUCUAAAAGUGGUUCUAUCCCAGGCUUUAGUACAACACCCUACGUUAUUGAUUUUGGUGUUGUAAUCACUGGAAGUACGAUACAAUGCUGUGUGGACAUAAUCAAUUAUGGGCCAGUUGCUACAAAAUUGUACUUUGCAAGAGGAACUGAUAUUCCGGUUUGGUUGACGGUUAAGUUAUGUGGUAAAUUAAACUCAGGCGAAAGAGGUAAACUGGAAGCUACUUUUGCGCCAACCUCAAACGUUUUCACUGAAUUAGAGCAGUACAUAAAAACUUCCUUCAAUAUCGAGGUUCCCUACGGAGUAGCGAUUCCAAUUCACAUCAAAGCAAUGUGUGCUGUGCCUUACUUGGUUUCAAAUGUAUCAAAGAUUGAUUUUGGUUCAGUCAGAUGUGGGGAUAAAAUUGAAACUACAAUAUCUCUUAAGAACGUAGGAAAACCUCCAUGCAUUUGGUUUGUCAAUUUGAAGCUCAAAACUAUAGGGACAAAUGCUUUGAUGGUGCACGAUAGUUCAGGAAAAUAUGAUCCUGGUGAUAGCGGAUGGCUAACUGUAUCAUUUAAACCCACAACGGAGAUACUGUACGAGGGAUGCCUAGUGUUCAAAUUCCAUAUGAAUCCUAAUAAGUUGAUAGUUCCAGUGGUUGGACAAGGCAUUGUACCUCAAGUGCACAUAAUUGGACCAAACGUCACUUUCCCACCAACAUUGCCGUGGGAUGAAACUUCUGAAAUUUACUUUGGAAUUACAAACCCUUGUCCUUUUCCAGUUGAACUUAUAAUAACGCAUAGUGACAAAAAAUGGAAAGAGGAGGAGGAAAUAUAUCAACUUCUGUACAAGUAUUACAAUAGUCCUGAAGAAAUGUUAGUGCCUGCCAUAAAGCCCGGUGCUGGGAUGCCAGCCGAGAUUGUUACUUUUUGCGAAAAUUUCAAGGAGAGAGUUAGAAAGUAUGAAAGUGAAACUGAUAUUAAAUACACCGAUAUAGUCUACAAUGUUAUAAAUGAAAUGAAAUCAGCUGCAAUUAACCCAUUGGAAGAAUGUCUUCAUAGGAUAAAUACUACAUCGAAUUUGACAGACACGGACAAACCUUCGAAAGGGAUAAUCAUUCUAGUACAUGGAUCUCCGUGCGAAGAAAUGCAGUGCCAGGAAAUGGCUUACUCGCUUGGAAAAGGUCUAAAUUUACCGACUGUCAAUAUAGAUUCUUGUAUCGUAGACGCUUUAUGUGUCUGUGAUUGUGCCGCUAAAUCUAUAAUGAUCAGCGCUAUAGACGAACUGUAUGAAACAGCAUUAAGAAAUUCUAAAAAAGAUGACGAAUAUAAUGGCGAGGACGAUUUUGACGAUGAUUUUGAUGAAAUGGAUACUAUUGAUGUUAUAUUUAAAAAACUAAAAUAUUUAGCAAUCCAUAAGAACGCAAGUACACCUCAUACUAAAGUAAACGUCAAAAAAAAGAAGAAAUCUACUACAACCCUUGGUUCGAGCACUCAAGCAGCAGUUGGUUCAACUACAAUGUUUCAUAUGGAUUUAAUACUAGAACUUUUGACUGAAUAUUUCAAGUUGCCUAAAUUCGAGAAAGGCUUUAUAUUAGACACAUUGACCAGUUUAGUUAUUACAACCCCUCCACUGGUUCUCACAACGGUUAUAAAAAGCAAACUUACAAUAAGAAAUAUUCAUCUUUUGCUAUGCCAUUCGGAUUUUAAUAAAUGGGCUCGGGCUUAUGAAGAACUUCAACGCGAAGCAGAUUUAGUUGAUGAGACUGUCAACAAAGUUUAUGAUGAAGUGGAAAUUAAAAAUAUUGUUAAAUUAAUAAAGAAUAUGGAAAGCGAAGAAUACGAAAAUCUUAGCUCAGAUUUAAAAGCAAUAUACGUUACAUAUGGUUUAGAAGAGAGGCGUCGAAAGCAUUACGAAAAAGUCGGUUUCCUGCACGAAACUAUGUCAAAAGAUAAAACUUUCAAAGAUACCGUGUACAGUAAAUCCAUUAUAACUGUAAAUGAAUCCAAAAAGAAAAUAAAGAAAGAUGAUUUGAAAGGAAAACAGGCUAGUGAAUAUGUAUUGAUGAAUACAAAAUAUACUGACUACUUGAAGAAUACAUACGAGAAACUUCUGAAUAUUGCUAAUAAUUGGAUAAUAGAAGAUGGCGAUGUGGGUAGUCCUCUAUAUGAUUUCACAGGACAAGUAGUUAAUUUAAUCCAAAAGAAGUCUAAAAAGAAGUCUGAUCUGCAAAUACAGGGCUCUGAAGAAAACUUUUCACAAAGAGGAUUUCCAUUGACAAUUAUUAAUUGUCCAUGUCUUCUAUAUAAAGAUGCGCUAUUGAAUAUGUUUAAAAAUGUUUGUCAAAGUUUUGUUAGGCAAGUUGUGAUUGACGAAGAUAGGUGUGAUAUUCUCAAAACUUCUGUCAGCAGAAAAGUUUAUACUGUACUACUGCCCAGAACGUUUCCAACAAUAAAUCAUGAAGAACCUUUAGAGUGGUGUUAUUUAGACGAACCGCUGAUCAAAAAAUGCGAGUGUAAUCAACUGAACGAUUUAAAUUUGUUAGAUGACACAAAUCAAGAUAACGUGUUAAAUAUUUUGUCGAAAUGGCAUUGUACAUGUGGUAAAAAGUUGGCUUCUUCACAAACCUCAACUUCUGAAAUUCCAUCAAGUUCAAUGGAAAGAACAACCACAGAAACAAGUGAAGCCAAUGCGAAUUGCCCUUUGCCUUUGCGCGCUGUACAACCACUAUUAGAAUACAGUGGUCGCAUAAUUCUUCACCCAGGGGAUUUGGUUCGAUUUAAAUAUGCUUUUAGUCCUCAAUAUGAAGGGAAUUUCAACAUCAAAAGGUUCGUUGAAGUUAGUGGAUGGCCCGAUUCACGAGCUGAAAUUAUUGUCACUGGAAUAUGUGAUAUACCCAGGUUAGAUUGUCGGCCUAAAAAAAUGUUUGAAAACUUUGCCAGAAGGACAGUGAAGGAUACAGUCUACAAAGUUACCUAUUUAGAUGAUCAGAAGCUUUUUGAAUUUGGUCCUAUAUUUAUAGGACCUCAAAGGAUAUAUGAAGAAACUUACACAAUCGAUUUAAGAAAUGCGUCCUUAAUAACGACAGAUAUUGUGAUUGAGUUUUUAGAAGACACGACGAUUUUUGAAAUAGACAAAACAUUUGUAAGACUAGAGCCCGGAUGUAGAGGAAAGAUAUCUAUAUCAGCAGCACCCACAGAAGUUGGUGUAUUUAUGUGUAAUGUAUUGUUCUGCGUUAAAGACAAUCCUGAGAUAGUGACAGUCACCAUAGCGUGCAGUGGAGUUGUCCCGAUAGUGGAGAUACUGCCUUUAACAAAAACAAUUGAAUACGGGAAACAUUUGCUGUAUCGCAGAGAGGAUGAUAGAUUUAUAGUUAAGAACGAUUCAAUUCUGCCCAUCUUGUAUAAAAUUCGCAACGCAGAGGAAUUUGUGGAGGAUUUUAUAAUAUCUAAAACGACUUCUAUAGUACCUCGACACGACAAUGAAGUAGUGCCCGUAUCGUACAUAGCAAUUGGCGUGGGUGUCAUACAAAACAAACCAAUGAUUUUGGAUAUAUAUGAUGCGGAAGGUCGUGGUGGACCAAUGAUCACUGACACCCUGCUUUUGUCUGCGGAAUGCUAUGAUGUUAUGGUGGAAUGCGCCUAUGAAAUACCCUCGGAGAAUUAUCUCAACUAUGGCAACGUCAAAGUUAAUUCUACCGUUGUUCGAGAAAUGUACAUGCUCAAUAGAGGAAGAUAUAACGUUUUUUACAAGCUGAAGAAGGUGAAAAGCUUUCCUGAGCCGUCGUUACUGAAAUCGUUUUCGGCAGUACCAGAAUGUGGGGUCAUACCGCCCUCUACAAAGCUGAUCACCACAGAAUUCGAAUGCACUCCUACCACCUCCAUGAAUUUGUUGAACGUGCCCGCCUACAUUUGCUCCCUGUUGGAUGGCAGCAAAAACCAAAUAGUCGUUGCUAAGUUUCCAGUCUGUGUCACCAUUGCAUCGUUUUACAAUACCUUCACCUUAUUUCCUCUCGGAGAGCUUAAUUUCAAUAUAAUUGCGGUCGGCAGUUCGGUAACAAGAGAAGUGAUACUAAAUAACACAAGCAAAUGUCCUUUUACUUUUACAAUAGUAUUACCCAAAAAAUAUCAGAUUGACCCCGAUGAUCCACAACCGCAAGUUAAACUUAGAGACAAUAAAUUAAAGAACACUCCCCUGAGGUGUGGUAACUUUCUAAUUAUGAAUGACGACAAUUUGCUAGCCCCCGGAACGAGUAGAACGCUUAACAUGCAGUUCACAGCGACGGCUGCUACAACGUUCGAGGAGACAAUUAACUUCAUCAUAAGCGACACUUGUCCCGCCGAAGCUCAAGGGGUCCCCCUCAAGUUGGUUGGAACAGGAGCCAUGCCUACACUGGACUUUUGGAAUAUUGAAAACACGUUCCGUGAACAUGUUAUUGUUAAAAAUUUGUCGGAUUAUAAAGAACCUGAGACAUCUGCCCAUUGUGUAUUCGCUGAAGACUCAGUAGCGCUUCAUUUCUUUUCUGUGACUAUUAACUCGAAGUUUGUGGCUGUUAUCGAUCUCUAUAACAGUGGUUUGGUUGCCUGUGCCUUGACAAUGAAAUUGCAUUACCAGGCCAAUUCAAAUCAAGACAUAUAUUCGCUUGACAAAUACGAAACUCACAUAGAACCUCUGUUGCACAAGAAUCUUGGAAUCAUAUUUACUCCAAAAACUCUUCAGGAGUACCGAGCUGUUCUAGAAAUACGUUUAAAAUUACUCCAAAAUCAAGAGCAAUCUUUUAAAAUAUGCUUGAUUGGAGAAGGUGUUAUACCUAGAAUUACAUUAAUUGCACCAACUUUGACACAUCAGCGAAUGGGCGUACUACAUUUUCCUGUAACUUGUUUAGGUUCUAUAAGUGUUAAGAAAAUACGUUUAAAAAAUGUGAGUUCUGUAGAGGCUACUGUUACAGCGAAAGUUCUCGUAACUGAGAAUGAAGAAAGGCCAGUGUUCUGGGUAACUUCUGCCCCUGAUAAUGAUCAAGCAAUUGUAAACAACAAGAAAGCCUACAGAACUACGAAGAUUACAGUGAAACCCGGUGAAAUAGACACGAUAUAUGUAAACUAUAACCCCAUAAGAAGAGGUCGAACGUCGUGUGACAUAAAGUUGACGAUAUCCAAAAAUCCUUAUGAGCAAUUUGCGGUUUUAUGCGAGGCCGAGGCGUUUAUGGAAGAUGUUAUCCUAAUGGGAUUGGAGAUGCUAUCUAUGGAUACAGAUGUCGAAAGCUUUAAGAAGUCUGCAGAUGGGACAAUAUCUACGAUUUCGACUGCUGACAGUAGAAAAAAAAGUAAAAGCGCUGUGGAUAAAACUAAGAUUAAGCAGACAGAAGGGAAAAAAAGUAAAAGAACUUCUCAAGCAUCUUUCAAACUUAGCGACACUGGUCAACAUUCUGUUUUGAAAUAUUUGUUAAAUUUUGGUGGAUGUGAGCUACAUGUUAUGCAUAAAAGAUCAGUGACCAUGGUGAAUAACUGUGAAAAGGUUUAUAAGUUUGAAUGGGACACUGUUGAACAUCUCGUAAUAAAACCUAAUGUUGGUUAUAUAUCGCCUGGGGAAGAAAAGGAUAUAGAAAUUGCAUUUAUCUGCGUUCGGCCAAUAUCUAUUAAAAAGGAGAUAUUAAAUUUAAACUUGAAAUCUAUUUGUGUAGACUUUAUAACCUUGGAUUUGAAGGCAACGACUUGGGACAACAGACAAACACUGACUGUCUUCAACAACAGCAGAGGAGUUGACGUCAACGAAAGACAUGAAACAAUGCUAAAUGAUGAAGUUGAAUCACAACAAGAAAUUCCUUCGGACAAAAUAAAUAUUGUGGUUUUUUAUUCCGCUGUAACGGAGUAUACUAAAUAUAAAUGCAACUUGGCACAUACGAUGAACUUACCGGACACAUUUAUAUACCAAGUAAGAGAUUUUAGUUUCCAAGUGGAUAACACUGGAAAAGUGCCUUUUAAAAUUGCAUGGAACUUUACAAUAGACGAAGAAUACCCUACUCGAAUAGAUAAGUAUAGCUAUAUAUUAUCCCCAUAUUCUUACGGGAACGGGAACCACGCGGGUAAAACCGCGCGGCGUCAGCUAGUAAUAUAUAUAAUUAAAAUUUCAGACUCAAGUAAAAUAACAUUGUUCAGCGGUAGUGAGAGAAGAGAAAGCGUUGACACGUGGUUUGAAGUCGAUCUGCCGUUUGUUAUCGAGCCAGCGAAAGACUGUCUAAAACCUAACGAAAGUCGAAAGUUUAAAGUCACCUUUGCACCGCUAGAUGCAUUUUUGUUUAACGUCAGACUGAAGAGUAAUAUAGACAACUUAGACCCAUACGAUCAGAACAUAUCUUGUAAGAUAUCAGCCAAAUCUUUAGUUCCUUAUGUUCAUCUUGACAUUGAGGAAAGUGACUAUUUAACUUCUGGCAGAAGAAAAGUAACUGGUGUAACACUACCAGAACAUACUACUGUAUUGGAGUUUAAUGUCUUGGGAUCCGGUUGCUACAAGAAAACAUUUGAUGUAAUUAACCCCACAUGUGAAGGCUACGAGUUCGUAUUUGAGAUGGUGCUGUCAGACAAGCCUGAACUUAUUCCAAUGCAUUGUAACAUGUUAAAGGGAUACGUUGAAGGCGGUACAUCUACUGAAGUUGUCUUUACUUUUUCGCCCACGAGCCCUGGAGUAUACGAAUCUCAAUGGAAGUUUGUAAUUUCGGCCUACAACCUGGUUAUCAAUUUGUUAGUAGUGGGCAUAGUCCGUGAGCCGAUAGUGAACUUUGUUCCCACUAUUCUGAUCAUAAGGAACUCUUUGGUCGGUUUUAAAACCAACAAUGAAGUGAUUCUUAGGAACAAUGAGAGUGAAUGUCUGAGUUUUGAGUUUAAAGGUAAUUCAAUAUGUGACGAGUCUGGUAAGACACCUGUGAUCGUGGAACCAGAAAAGGGUGUCCUGAAACCGAAAUCGGAUACAUCUAUAAAGAUCAUCUAUACACCAAUACAAGACGGACCGUUGUCGUUCAAGAUCUUUUGUAGCAUAACAUAUUUGACAAAAAUGCUUACUCUGUGUGUAAAUGCACUAAGCUAUUCUAUAAAGCCUAAAGUCACUUACUAUUUGAUUGGAAAUGAUCGCAUAUUGAAUAGUGAUGCGGUUACUAAUAUUCAUUUGGAUCAGACAGCAUCAACAUACGAAAGGACAGUUCCAUUCGUGAUAAAGAAUGACGGUUCUGCAACGUUCUUCUUUGACUGGAAUUACGACACCAGUGAGGUGAAGAAGUAUCUGCAGCUGUAUGUGGAGCCUGUCAACGGAUACGUCACACCUGCCAAUGAAGUAGAGUGUGUACUUCAUUUCACGCUGAAAAAAGUUCCCGUUCAAGCAUUCCCUGUUACGUUGUCGAUUUCAGAUGGUCCCGAAUAUAGUAUAUAUCUGCACGCGGAAAUUGAAAAACCACUGUAUAGUUUCUCUUUUAAAGAGUACGAUUUCGGAAAAUGUAUCGUCAAUGCGCCAGAUACCACUUACAAGAAAAGCUUGGCAUUCGAAAACGACGAUAAAGUUAUCGUUACGUUGUCACUGAACUUCACCAAUUCGCCAGAAUUAUACGUCGUAUUAACGCCUGAUUAUGUUGUGGACCCAAGGAAAAGGUUACACAUACCGAUAUAUUUCCGACCAAAACUAGUCAAGGAAUAUGAAUUCAAGUUACAGUUUUGGGUCAAUUCACUCUGCGAAGAAAUCGUCACAAUUAAAGGAGAAGGGGUUCCGCUGCUCUUCGAUUUAUACGAAGGCUGUCAAAAGAGUUUUAAUUUAGGAGCAGUCAAGGUAGGAGAAAAGAUUGUACGCCCAAUAGAAGUGAUGAACCAUAGUAAAGUGCCAAUAGAAGCCACCUUCUUAUUUAAAGUUAUGUACCAAAAUCGGGAGGAUAAUACUGACGUAAAAUCUGAAGGAACUAGUGUGUGUUUAAGUCCUACCCCCGCUGCCGGUCAUGCUAAGGAUCAAGGGCCGUCUAGAAUAGAAAUGCUGCAACAAUAUAAACAGGAUAAAAUCCAAGAACAAAUAGAUAAGGACUCUGAGAAUGCCCUGUCAUCACUUAAAGUGAUUCCCAACAAGUGCACGAUCAAACCUUAUAUGAAAGUGCCAGUCAAGAUACAGUUUAAGCCAGUUGGCAUGAUCAGUAAUCUGGAUGUUCAGUUGAACAUGAGAGUGUUUAAAUUCGAGCGUCCACUGGUGAAAUUGAGCGGUUCUGCGACUGGGAUGAGUUUGCACUUCAGUCAGAACUCCAUGCAGUUCGGUCGCGUAAGAAAACGCGGUUGCAAGAUUUUGAAGGUCAUGCUAUUCAAUAAAGGAGACUUUGGUGCCAAAUUCUGGUGGCAACCUCUGGUAUCGAACGAGUUCACAAUAUCACCGAUGCAAGGCAACGUCGCAGCUCACACAAAUGUUACAUUUACCGUAACGUUUAGACCUGUAAAACACAAUCCUUUUAUAAAAGUUUGGGCAAGCUGCAAUAUAGAGAACUAUCCACCUCAAGAGAUUGCGCUUUAUGCUACUUGUAUCGACACUGGUAACGUACAGACGAAAUCUUUACUCUUUGAGUGUCCUGUGAGAGAAGUUAACACACAAUAUGUGACCGUCACCAAUCCUUCAGAUGAUAUGUGGCUUGUAUUGUCAGAAGUGACCAGCGAUCCGUUUGAAACUUUGAAGGAGUUUUAUAUAGAGGCGAAUUCUACUUUUAACAUACCAAUUCAUUUUAAACCAAAAACUAUGGGAAAACACGAGUCUCAAGUGUUGUUUUCCCCGCUGGGCGAGGCUGCACUGUUUGUAACGCUGGAGGGUAACGCCACACAGCCCAACCCCAACGGCACCAUCAACAUCACGGUGUCCGCGAAGCAGUUCCACACGCAAGACCUGGCCGUUUACAACAUUACUGAGUUUCCAGAGGCGUAUAUAGUUGUGACGGAAGUAUGUCGAAUUAUUCCGGACAAGUUUGACGGCUUCUACGAGAUUACUCACGCCCAGCAUGUCAAAGUUUGGGGAGAAGCCGCUGGGACUUGUCGCUGGACGAUCGUGUGUUAUGAAGUGGCCGAGAUAUACGCCAGAGUGAUGUUCAUCAACGAAGCGAGUCGCGAAUGUCAGUUUUACAACAUCGUGGUUCAAGUGAAGGAGAGCCAGAUCGUGGACACGCUCAGUUUCACGGCGCGAGCUCGGGAGUCCGUGCAAUGCGACCUCAAGAUCCAGAACCCACUCUCAAAGGAUGCCUCCUUCAGCGUCAAGAGCGACAAACUCACGUGUAUCGACAAUAUUGAAAUAACUAGGAAAUCAGAGGCCAUUCUUAAUCUGGUAUAUGCACCCUUAGUGGUAGGGGAAAUGAAAGACACCCUAGAAGUGAGCAAUCAGCUGGCUGGCACGUACAUUUACGAACUAAAGCUCAAGUGUUUACCCGCAAAAGUGAAAAAGCUCGAGUUUACAACGUCAUUAGGAUCUAGUUUACCACUUCGUCUCAGGGUGCAAAACAAGACUGAUGUUCGGACGAGCUUUACAGCAACGGUCUCGCAUCCUUCAAUUAUAACAGAUCCGUAUUAUAACCUGGGUCCUUUUGAGAAAGGAAAGUUUCUGGCUUGGUUUGAGCCAACAGAGCUUGGAGUCCAAAACUGUACAGUGUCCUUUAACUCUCCAGUGGCUGGUGAAUUCGUUUUCAGUAUAAAAGGCAUUGCAAAAAAACCGAAUCCUCAAGGGCCAUUUGAAAUAAAACUUGGAGGAUCGACCACUAUUACGUUUAAAAACGUAUUCGCUGAUUCGCGAAUGUUCAAGAUUAAUGUAGACAGUGAGGAGUUUUACACCAAGAGUCUAUAUGAGCCAGUGAGAGCCAAGAAGGAUUUGAAAAUAGUCGUAUAUUUGACCGAUGUAGUUAAUCGGGCUUCUUUACCUACUGGGUGUCUUAGUGUAGAGACCUUUGAACCACCAGAGCCGAGAGUGCAGUGGACGUAUUUCUUGAAGGGAAUUUUGUGAUGAGCAAUUUACCUACUGCUCUUGUUAUUUUUAAUGCUUUAUUAAUAUAAAAAAUUAACAAUAAUAAUU